UUCUUUUUCGUUUCAAUGGUACUUCCGUGGUAACAAACACCCCUAUCACGUGAUUGGGGCUGUGUGGCGUUGCCGUCACGCUAGAUGUCAUCAACCCGCGACACUGUGGUCUCAUGUGGGUGUCGUCUGUCUAUCUUUGACAGUGUGAAAAGGUACACUGAGAUGAGGAGGCAUUGUUUUAGAAAGCACUAGUUUGAAUACUCAUGUCCACUCGGUUGUUGGUACGCUGCAUUCGUCUCCUGGGGUCCAACUCCCUGGGGGUGUCUGCCCUUCCUGCCGCCUGCAGGCUCCCCCUUACCACUUCUGCCCCUCCUCUGGCUGCCGUGACACUGCGGCUGCACACUUCCACCAGUGGGGGGCGUAGUGAGGGGCAGAGGCUCGCCCAGAUCCAGGCCCAGGCCCAGGAGGAAGGGUUCCUGCGGAAGCCCGAGCGCACAGAGCUAGACGAUUUGAUUGAUGGGGCUGGCAGUGUCGAGGAGCUGCUGCAGGUGUGGGCAGAGAGAGGGGGCACUGGGAACCAGGCCGCCACAGUCCUGAUACAGCUUGCACGUCUCUCCACCACCCCUGAGAGCAAGACCAACACUGCGGAGAUACUGCAGGAUCGUAGGUUCCAGCAGCUGCUGCAGACUGUCGACACGCAGAUCUCCUUGGUGUGGAACGGCACUCUGGUUAAUCUACUGAGGAGCCUGUCCCAACUUGGGGUGUCCCCAGGGGAGCCAGCCGUGCGCUGUGUCCAGAAUGAGGCUCACUGGCGGCUGCGACGGCUCAGCUACCGGCACCUGGUCUCGCUGGCGGACUCCUGUGCCGGCCAGGCCCGCGAUGAGCAACAGAGGGUGCUGCUGAGUGACGUGGUGAAGCAGCUGGAGCUGCGCUGGACUGAGAUCAGCGAGCCCCGCAACGUGGCUCUGCUCAUGGGCAAGCUAGGGCACCUGUCUGGGGCACUCAUGGACCGUCUGGAAGACAAGGCUCUGGAGCUGGCGGAGCGGUUCUCUCCGGAGGAUACUCGGCGGGUGGCCCUGGCCCUGGCAGCUCAGAGCCGGCGCUCGGUGCCCCUGCUGCGGGCGCUGUCCUACCACCUGGUGCAGAAGCAUGGGAUAGAACUGCAGAGCGGGCUGCUCGUCGACCUCGCCUUCGCGUACGGCAAGCUGAAUUUUCACCAGACCCAGGUGUUCCAGCGCAUUGCCAGUGACCUGCUCCCCCGUGUGCCCGAGCUGGGUGCCAGCGACAUCACACGCUGCGCCAAGUCCUUCGCCUACCUCAAGUGGCUCAACCUGCCACUUUUCGAAGCUUUCGCCCAGCAUGUCCUUGUGCACAGUGAGAAAUACAGCAUCCCCCAGAUGUGCAACCUGGUCCUGGCCUUCGCUCGCCUUAACUACCAGCCCAUCAAGGGGGAUGCCUUCUACAGCAAGGUCCAUGAGAAGCUAGACAGUGCUCUGGGGCAGCUGGACCCCUACAUGCACACAGACGUGGUGUGGUCCCUGUGUGUCCUGCAGCAGGCCAGGCCCUCUUACCUGCAGAGCGUGCUGGAGCCAGACUUCUACAAGAAGCUGACAGGCUCAGGUGGCUCCUCGUCACGUGAUGAGAACUACAUGCUGAAGCUGCUCCACAUAAACACCACGGCGACACUGGAGUGCCCUGAGUACAGGGGGCCGGCCCUACCUGCGGAGGCCUGUAUGUACCCCGGGGAGAGGAAGGCUUCGGCGCUGCAGAGCGGACUGAGGGAAGCGCUGAGGGGGCUGGUGGGGGAGCAGCAAGGCUUGUACCACUCGGCUCUCAGCACAGUGUAUGGCUGGACCAUCGAUGGUGAGUUGGUUCUGAACUCGGAGAGCAAACCUGUCCCACUGAAGGAUCUGGCUGCUCCACACCUCCCACAGGCAGGGGGCGCCACACCACUGCCCCCAGGGGCCAAGAGGAUAGCCCUCCUGGCCUGUGAGUUCCCACAUUACAACUCCAGAAGCAAGGACCUCCUGGGGAGGUUUGUGAUGCAGAGACGUCACCUACAGCUGGCCGGCUUUCUCACUGUGGAUGUACCGUACUACGAGUGGCUGGAGCUGAAAUCCGAUUGGCAGAAGGUGGCGUACCUAAAGGACAAGAUGGGGAAAGCAGUAGCUGAGGACAUGGCAAAAUAAAUAAAAAAUACCUGUAUACUGAAACCUUAUUUAAAAAAAAAAAAAAAAAUUCUAGAAAGGAAUUGUAUUUUUAUAUUCCAGUUUCACAAUUAUAGACUACAUCACCAAGUAACCAUGCAUUCACUUGUUAAGGUUCCAGAAUCCUCUCCUGUCACCCAGACAACCACCUGCUUUCUUUGUUACCUUGGCAACUGGAAAAGCUUGGAAUAAAGGAUUGUGAAGACUAUUUGUUUUGGGGGUAAAGUCCUGAAGCUCCAAAUGGAGGUGAUAAUCUCAUAUGCUGUUUAUGGACAAUAAUUUCACAGUACUGAUUGACGACUGAUUGGUUGAACUAUUGAAGUAUACAUUGAGAAUACACCAUAAAAAUGUAUGCACUUGUGUAGUUAUUCCAUGAAUGAGGAUCAGUGAAUGAAACACGAUUCCCAAAGGGGUCGUUGGUUGUUUUUUUCAGUCCUCCUCAUGAGUGAAGUAACCACAGCCCUCCAUGGACGUCCAUACAGUAUUCUGUUUAUAUAACAAGUUAAAUGUAAGGAGAAGACAGAAUGUUUAACCUGAAUUUGAUCAAACCUUAGAUCAAGCUCUGCAUCUGCUUGGCAACACAUCUUGAUGGAUGCAAAUAGAUUCCAAAAGAUCCUUCACUAGAUCCUUCAACAUGUGUUAUAUAAAAAUCUUAUUAUAAUAUUAUACUUCUGUACGUGCUGUGUAAGUGAUGCUGACCUACAGUACUGUUUAUAUCCUCGGACAGGGAUGUGUGUGUUACUGAUGAAUCCUAAAUUAUAUAUAUAUUUUUUAAUGCAGUUCUUCCAAUGGCUAACUUGGCAAAUAGAUGUUGUUGUUAAUUUGCAACACCCCCCCCCCCCCCCAUCUGUGGGAUAGCAAGUCAUCAUUAUCAGACUAAUGGCAAACCCAAGUGUUUUGUGAUAUCAUCAAAAAUGUUUUGAGCUCACCAUUAGUCCCAUAUCGAAUACUACUUUUCAAUGGCCCUGUAUGUUGGAGUGGCUAUACAGUACUUACAACAGUUGCUGUUUUUCUCUAUAGCUCUGUAGGGCUUAGAGGAGUUUGGGACCCCCAUUUCCUCACUCCUGCAGCCAGCAAUCCGCAUGGUGUGAUGGUUCUGACCUGUAGCAGGCAUUUUAAUAAUUGCAUUAAGUUUGCAUUGCCACGAGUCAGUAGUGACCAUUUAUCAGGCAUGUGCCUGUACACCACUAGGCUGGUUUAUGUUUGGGAUAUAAAUUACAGGCAAGCUGCAAUGUUCAUAUAGUUCUCAGUUCUGCUUUCGUUUAAAUUGUGUUUGAGCACAUCCUUAGGUUACAAGAUUUGUGCCAGCAUUGCUUCAAUUGAACACAGCUAAAAUAAUCAUUAAUGAUGUAUUCCUGGCUGAAUUAAAUAUCCUGUUAAAUGUU